GAAGAAGACGCUUUAAAAGGAAACUGAAAUCAAUCACUGACUUUAAAGGUAGAAGCCAGAAGCAGAGCAGCCUGCAGUCAGCGAGGAGCAGCAGCUGUUAACAGAGACCGAAGAGGAGGAGGAAGAGGAAGAGCACCGGUUCACCUGUGCAGAGAAGGAUCAGAGAACGAGGAGGAAGAGGACACAGAUGGCGGGAUUUCUGGACAACUUCCGCUGGCCGGAGUGUGAAUGCAUCGACUGGGGAGAGAGGAGGAACGCUGUGGCCUCUAUCGUAGCAGGAGUGCUGUUCUUCACAGGCUGGUGGAUCAUGAUCGACGCGGCGGUGACGUAUCCCAACCCGGAGAAGAUGAACCACGCCUUCCACACGUGUGGCGUCUUCUCCACCAUUGCGUUCUUCAUGAUCAAUGCUGUUUCUAACGGUCAGGUGAGAGGAGACACGUACGGGGAGGGCUGCCUCGGCAGGACAGGAGCUCGUCUCUGGCUGUUUAUCGGCUUCAUGACGAUGUUCGGCUCGCUCAUCGCCUCCAUCUGGAUCCUGUUUGGUGCCUACGUCGUGCCCAAGAAAGAAGUGGCACCGGGACUCGCUGUGUUUUUUCAGAAUGCCUUCAUCUUUUUUAGCACUCUGAUCUACAAGUUUGGCCGGACUGAAGAUUUAUGGGGUUAAAGGGUCUUUUUUUAUUUCUCUUCACACACACACACACACACACACACACACACACACACACACACACACACACACACACACACACACACACACACACACACACACACACACACACACACACACACACACACACACACACACACACACACACACACACACACUUUAAUAACCUGCACAGAGCUGCAACUAAACAUUAUUUAAUUCAUUGGCUGAUUAUCUGAUUAGUGGUUUCUGUCUAUAAAAUGUCAGAAAAUGCCAAAUAAGAUGUCCUCAAAUGUCUUGUUUGAGUCAAAAAUCCAGAAAUAUUGAUGAAAACUAAAGAAACAGGGAAAUAUUAAUUAGUAUUUCGUCAUAUUAAUUUUAAAGGCUAGAAACAGUAUUUUUAUUUUCUCAAUUAAUCGUCAAAAUAGUUGAUUAAUUUCCUGUUGGUGAACAAAUGGGUGCAGCUCUAAACCUUCACAGCUUUUUAAAUAGAAACCCACCAGUGGUGCUUUUUCAACACACACACGCACACACACACAUUCAUCCUGUCAUUUAGACAAUUACUAUUCUCAGUAUUUUUAGUAGUUUUAGGGAAUAUAAAUCUUAUAAAUAGCUCUUUGUCUUUUCAGUUCAGAUCCAGGUUUUGUUCACUUAAAAAAAAAAAAAAAUCAUUUUUGAAACUGUAUUUUAAACGACUGAAUGAGGGAUUUAAUGUUCAUUAUUGAAUGAUUGAUUGACUGAGGAGCAGCUUCCUUUAGUUUUAUUGAGUCUUAGUUCAUUUUAUUAUCGGCGCGAUGAGGAGAAACGUCUCGGUGUAAUUUUCACUGCAGUGAGUCAGAAAAAGGGAAAUCACUGAUGUGUGUGUGUGUGUGUUAAGUUAUUGAUUGAUUGGUAUAAAUUCAUUUUUAAAGUGGACGUGAGUGUGAACCCACCACAGAGGGAACACAAACAAAGCCUAUCCUGCUGUCUCCACUGAAGCUGCUUUUUAUUAUGUGCUCGUAUGUCAAAGUUCAACACAUGCACUGGAUUAUAACGUCUUUUUUUUCCUCUUUUCAGAUAAAAAAGAUAAAACUUUAUUUUCUCGCAGGUCUGAUUCACAUCAGUUUCCUGUUGACAGAUAAAUCGCUGUCGUUAUGCCUCAGGAUUAAGUCUGUUUUUUUUUAAUCGUCUGUUUUUUUGUCCUCAUGUUUUAAAAAAGAAGAAAAAAAACUGUAAUCUGUAAAUUGAGAUGUAUGUAUUCUGAUGCUUUCAGUUUUUAUGUAGCUGUUUUAAUUAUUUAAGUAAAAAGAACAAAUUUUGUGAAGCCAGAUGCUCGUAGUAUCAGUAUUAAAGGACUUUAAGACAACUUUACAACAGACUGUUUUUUUAUUAAUUACAGCGAAUUAGAGAGGGAAAUAAAAUGGAGAGAGCGAGAGAAAGGUGGGAUUUUUGCUGAAUUUGCGCCUCUCAUGUAUCG